AUGCUCGGGCCGGACGUGCCUCAUCGGGUGAAGUCUGACGGCCACGACGAUGGCGGCUUCUCCUUCUUCGGAGGAGCCAGCAACACCGCUGCCAUCAACACCACCACCGCCGCGAGCAGCACCAAGGAGGCUGAACCUAAUUCCGCCUCACUCCACCCAUUCGCCGCCUUCUCCACCCCUAAACAACCUCCCGCCACGAAACCCAACAACGCGGCACCCAAGGGCACCGCAUCCAACACCACUACAACCACCACAACUUCGCACCCUUUUCGACCUCCUGGAAAGAGCCAAUUAACCUCUUCCACGUCAUCUCUUCCCUCCCCUCCCAUGGUAGCUGCUGCGUCUUUGCCUCUGGAAAGAAGCAGAGAGACAGAUGCAGGCACCGCCAACACUGGGGGAUCAGCAGGUGCUGCUGUAAACGGUGCUACCGCUGCAGCGGCGGCGACAGCAGGAGCAGCAGCAGCUGGUGCAAAGAGGCAGCCGCGGAAGAAGUUUAUUCCGGAGCAGGGCAUGAGUCAGAUGAGCUGGCGCAAGGCCAGCGCUGCUGCUGCCAAUGAUAUAGCUCGGUACCGCAUGCAGCACCAAGGCGCCAUACGAAUGUCGGAGGUGAAGCGGCACAAGAGGGAGGACGACGCCUGGACCGUGGUGCGGGGCAGAGUGUACAACAUCACCCCCUAUCUCGACUUUCACCCCGGAGGGAAGGCGAUUCUAAUGAAGGGCGCUGGCAAGGACUGCACAGCGCUCUUCAACAAGUACCAUGCAUGGGUGAAUGCCGAGUUCCUAUUGGACCAGUGCUUUCUGGGCAUGCUCAUUCCUGAUGGCUGA